AUGCCUGGAUGCCCCCCUGCUCCACCAUUCCUGCCGGGAACCCUGAAGGCCUCUCGGAGGUUUGCACCCUGUGGCCUUGCUCCCGCCGGUCCUGGGGCCCCCAGUGCAGUCCCUGACUUCUGUCUGGGGCUCGCCUGCAAGGAGCCUUUUCCUGAGCUGCCCCAGUCCCCCUCCCCCAACUACCCCAGGUGGUGGUCCUCCUGCUUCAAGCCUUGCAGGGCCUGGGCACAGGUAGGCAGGCAGGUACUGCUGCUCUACCAACCACCCCACUGGCACCUAGUAGUGUUUAGUUGUGCUGGUUGA